CACAUCGCCGCUGACUCGAACAAGUAGUACAACCUCGUUUCUGUCAACCGCACAAGUAGAUUCGUCCGCGAAUAUCAGACUUGACGACCACCUGUUCGACAACUGCGUCCUCCUUGUCCCGAUUAUCAGAUUCAGCAUGCAGGUAUCACGAGAAAUGCUGUACAUCGCAGUAGCAUUGGCUUGCGUUAUCGGUCUGUCCUCAGCCCUUCCAGCCGACAAAGACAGAUUUCUCAAAGAGCUUGACCUCGUCGACGACGAUGGUAGCAUGGAUACCGCCCUGAUAAACUACCUGUUCACAAAGCAAAUGGUGAAACGUCUGCACAAUCAGAUUGACAUUGGCGAUCUCCAACGUAAACGCACCUACUGGAAGCAAUGCGCCUUCAACGCCGUUUCUUGCUUCGGCAAGUAAAAUUCAAGACAAGAAAACCUCCCUCGUCGCACCCCCUUUCGAUAUUUUCGUUCCUCUCUCUCCCCCUGUCUCAUCACCACCCCCUUCCCUCCCCCAAUUUUAGAUGUAGCAUUAUUAUUGAUGUGAUUGAAGAUUCGUGCGCACGUGGCUCGAAGAAUACCCGAGGCAAUUCAGAAUUAAUAUCACUAUUUGCUGACAAAUAUUCCAGGCACUGAAUUACUUCAAUAACAAGUCCAGUAAAACAAAAAUUUCCAGUGGGAAAUUUUCCUAUCAACAAUGAAUUCUUCGAUCCACGUUUGAAGAUCAAUGAGAAUAAAUUCUUAGAUUUAGGACUGUUCGGCGCACCUGCACUUUUUUAGGUGCACACAUUGAUGAUUUAUAUAUUUAAUUAUGAAGUGUAAUCAUCUGAAUAUGCCUAUUGUUCGGUUGGUACAUAGAUUUUUUUUUUGCAGAUAAAUAUCUGUAUUUUCUUGUCUCAUUAUUAAAUUUAAACGCAGAAACCUUUUCCAAUAAAAAGAACAAAAGAAAGUAAAAGAAAAAAUAAUGUCAGUGUCCUCUUUAAAGUCUUCAACUUUUUUAUUUUCUCAAUUAAAUAAUAAAAUAGAGGCAAAAAUAAUAGGUCCAAAUGUGGGAGAAUUUUCUACAGAUUUCCCGAAGCUAUCGACAAUUUUUGGAAUUUAUUUCUUGUCACCUUGACGAUCGAUUCCAAACUGAACUUCCCUUGAUGCCCUUCGGACAUCGCCCUGGGACUCACGUCCACUCGACCUCAGAAAUGGCGACACCUUUAGGGGAGGGAAUUCGGGGUCUUCUCGCUUAACCCCUUUGCAUAGCAAAUCCACCCCUGCGAAGACGAAUUUUAGGUUUUUCCCACCUGUGCGGGUCAGACCCACACGUAUUUUCAAUAAAAUACUUUCUCCCCUGUAAAUUCCUUACUUCACGUCCUAAUAUGAAGUGGACAAUUUUCCCAUCCGUACAAUCCGUAAAAUUAAAAGUCUAAGUCAAUGGGUACCCCUAAAAAUGUGCAGGUGUGCAAAAUAGUUAUAUUCAGAGACAGAGAAUUAUAAAAAAUUGAAAUUUUAUUAGUGUUAAUGUUUAAUCUCCUGACGAAAAUCAAUGUGAGUUGAAUAAAUAAAGUAUUUUCCUGUCACAGUGCAAAAUAAAAUCGCAGUAGAUUCGUGUAUAUCAAUUCAUGUCGUGAAAGCCAACAAUUUAGGGAAUUCACGCACUAGGUGACGAAUUGAAAAUGAAUUAUCGAUAGAGAAUAUUGGGGGAAUGGAGGACUGAUAAAAAACAAAGUUAAACAAGUGUACGAUUGAUCAUUCCAUUGUGAAUCGUCAUAAUUUGAUUAAAAUCAGCGUGGCACCAGCACGUUUAUUUUUCAAUUGUUAUCCUCACGAAAAAAAAGACGAAAAAUUUACGAAAUAAAUCGUAUUUCAACUGCAAAAUGUUGUUUUCCUUUGUC